GAUAUAACGGAACUGGUUUGGUGUUUUGCUUUUGUUCAAAUUUUUAAGUUCGCAAUUGGGCAAUUAAAACAAGGGAGGCGAUCGUGCGCGAUACAGAAAAUAGCCGUGCAAGAGAGAAAGGGAUCAAGAUGUGGGAGGCGAUCGUUCUAACAGUGGCCGCAACAUCGGGCAACAGCAUCGGGAAAGUUUUGCAGAAAAAAGGCACCGUCGGCCUUCCUCCAUUGGCUCUCAAUUUGAAGGUAAUGCGGGCGUAUGCACUGAGUAAAACAUGGGUUGCAGGCUUUUGUAUUGACAUUCUUGGUGCCUUGUUGAUGCUAAGAGCUGUAUCCCAAGCACCAGUUUCAGUUAUACAGCCGGUUUCUGGGUGUGGCUUAGCAGUGCUCUCUAUGUUCUCACAUUUCUAUUUAAAGGAGACGAUGAAUCCACUGGACUGGCUAGGCAUUGCUAUGGCUGGUGUUGGCACAAUAGGUGUGGGUAUUAUAGGAGAGGAGCAGGAGACGUCAACAAUCUCUUUUCUACAUCUGGCGUGGCUUAUUAUUUCAAUUAUUUUUUUGUUUGGGUUGCUUAAUGGAUGGCUUAGCCUUCGUAGACGUAAACGACGAGCUCAGGAAUUGACACAGACAGAGGUGGUGGAGGAAAUAAUUGCUGGACUAGAAGCAGGCAUCUUAUUUGGACUAGCAGCUGCAAUUUCUAGAAUGGGAUUUUUGCUUUCAGAACAAGGCUUUUCAAAGAUGUCUAUUCCAGUUGGAAUUGCAAUUAGUAUAUGCUGCAGUGGCAGUGGAUUCUUUUACCAGACAAAAGGUUUAAAGCAUGGAAGGGCAAUCGUUGUAUCCACAUGUGCAGCGGUUUCAUCUAUUGUGACUGGAGUGGUUGUGGGCAUGUUUGCCCUUGGUGAAAUGUUGCCCGUUGCUCCAUUUUCACGGAUCUUACUUGUUCUUGGAUGGUCAUUGAUUAUUAUUGGUGUUGUGGUUCUCAUGAGCUCUCACAGAUUAACCUUGCUUUUACCGCGAUCAUUUAGACGACCCAUGCAUGGAAAGCUAAAUGUGCAUAAAACUUCCAACCUUCCAAGACCUGGAUCGUCAAGACUUUGGGAGUCAAGUCCUAGUACCUUUAUAUCAAUGAGCCCCAUGCAUCUGCAUCCUCAAGCAUCUCCAGGAAAAGUGAAAACUUAAAUACUGUGAUAAUUGAAGUCAUAUUCCUGGAUAAAAGGUUACCUCCAUAUUCCAAGCAGAAAGUAUUAACUGACAACAUAUCUGAUUGUGCAAAAAUACCUCAUCUCAUAAAUGUUUGGAAGGUUAUGGAAAUUGGUUUUUUUUAUCAGAGUGGAUGGUCGAGUUAUUGGCAGCGGUGAGUGUCAAUUAUUCUACUGCAUUUGCGUGGAAGCCUUUUCAAUGUUUAAAAGAAAAUUUAUAUUUCAGACCUACUUGCCAUUUUGGCUAUUUCUUCAAUAGUAGUUUAAUUCAUUGAGAUAUGUAACAGCUCAUAGGAAAUGCAUUCAAUACAUUUCCUAGAGGGUUGAAAAUUUGAAGUUCUUUGUGCCCUUCAAGCUUUUUUCUAGUGGCAUAAUCCAUAUUCAAUGCAUUGAAUUUUAUAUUGCGGGCA